AUGAAUAUAUCAGAAGAUCAAAAGCGAUGGGUGGUUAUUGGGAUUGCUUUCAACAAGCUGGUGCCUCAUAUCCGACCAUUUGUAGAACAGUCUUUACAGGCAGAGUACCAGAGCUUGAAGUCCAGCCAUAACAUUCACAGCCAAACUCCACCUGGGAUUCUCAAGAAUCAUCCCAAACAUCUGAAAUAUGAAAACAUCAAUAGUAACAGCGGUCACAAACUCUCCUCCGGAAAGUUUGACUUUUCAAAAUUUGACUACAAGGUAUCAAGUCAUGUCGACUUUGCCAAGCUUUACCUUCAGCCUUUUAUGGCCAAGUUCAGUGCAUUUGAUGGAAAGUGUGACGGAUCUGCUGUUCUUUUGCUACUUGGUGAAGUACCUGUGUUUUCACAUGCAAUACAGUCAUCAGCUAAGACAGUAAGAGAACAUGUAAGAAAUGAAUGGGCUCACUGUAACUUUACAGACUGGGAUGCAGUGAAGUUUCAGAGCUGUUUUAAGGAGAUGCAGCAACUUGUCCAAUCCCUGGGUCUGCCCCCAGCAGAUGAAACCAGACUGUUAUCAGAACUGAAUGACUGGGAGACCAAAGGUAUUUUGAAAAUAAUUUUCUCUGUGGUUACAUAUACCAUACACGUGAAUUUAUUAUGAAUCUAUUAUUGAACCCACUUUUAGUGAACACAAACUGCUGUCAACCCUCUUUGCCCAUUAUUGACCAGUAUCUAAUUUCACCCUACAAUAUAUCGCCGUUAAACAAACAAAUUCUUCACGUUAACCACGCAUUCCUCCUAACCCUCUUCCCUGAUGUGCAGAAAUUAUGCGUGGUGACAAGUGAAAGCACCUUCUUUAAAACUUCAACAAAGGUAUUCCAGAUAGUUAGUUUGACGUUAACCUCGUAGAAGCUCUCUACAUGUUGAUUCGACUGACAAUUUUAAGCUUGCUGCAAAUGCUUUUUUACUUAACCUGAAUGAUUCUCUGACUUUUAACUGUGUGUUUUUGAUUUAUUAUACAUUUAUUUGUUAUUUCCUUUUGUUCUGUUUUUUUUUUUAACUUGCGACAUUUCCCCUUCGGGAUCUUGCAAUUUAUCUAUGUUGAUGUAGGUGUAAAUGUAGAUGUAUGUGGGCUUUCAAGAGGUAUGCACCCACCUCAUUAUGACCCCAAUGAGAUCUUUAGCUUCUAGCUCGGAAACAAAUUUGGACCAUUUUUUCGUCAACAGGAAAAGACACUGCAGCGACAUCAAAUAAAGAUCCCAUUGUAAUUGGCGGAGAAACUCGUUUCAAAGGCCCUCUCCCUUCAGCUGCGAGACAUUACUCUCUCAAACAUUAUGGAAAAAAAUAUCUUGCUCUGAAAAGUCUUAUAAAAAAGCCUCUUGUGUAAAAAGUUGAAAUUUUGUGACAUCACACUAUUGCUACUUUUGGUAAAAAGCUCCAGUCCUUAGUACUUGUCUGUAUGAACAAUAAUUAGAAGCAAAAGUUGAUUGUUAUCGUCAACUGUUUUAUGAGACUAUGGAUCGUUUUUCUGUAUAUAUUUAAAUCAGACUGUGGUUCAGAAACUUUAACUUCAUUUUAUUUAAAGAAUUAAAAUGGAUAGUGGCAUCACAGGGGCAAGUAGUUUUUUAAACCACACGUUAAUAACGUGAAGUGGUUAUGAAACCUGUCAGACAUCUCUAUUAAACAUUUUUGUUAGAUUUUCUGGACUUAAACGUACACAACGUUCAAUGUCAUUCCUAUCUGUUUUUUUAAGUCGUCAAAUUAACUUUUUUGAGUCACAAAGCAAAAAUAUUUUGAGCACGAGUAGGGUGAGGGAGUUCCCAACAUUAGAAACUGCAGCACCGUUGAGCAUUAUCUUUGAUUUUACCGCUUUUACCGCUUACCGCUAAAUACAUCAAUAAACAAUACCAAAAAAAUUCAACUCUCCGGAGAGAGGCUUUGAAGCUGUUGAAAACUAUUUCAGCAGUCUCACAUCAAGGAUUUGAACCUACUAGUUUUUCUUUUAUUUUCGUUAAACUGAUGUCACUAAUGUAUUUAACUUGUUCUUCUUACAGGCACGGAGUUCUGUGUUAACUCCCCUUUAGAUUCUACCCUAUUAAACUUGGUUCACAAUGAAGUGCUGCAACUUUACUCCAAUUUGGAUGAUUUUGUUUGCCAAUUCAAGGAAGGGAACGACCUACUGAAAUCGCAGUUCUUGGAAGUCAAGCAAAACCUCCAACAGCUACUGGACCUUCCCCAGAACUUUAAGCAAGUAGAAUAUGACGUACAAACCUUGAAACAAGAGGUUGCAGAUCUUAAAGGUACCCCUGCGAAAAGUCAAGAAUGCGCUAAGCCUCCAUCUUUCUUUGGGGCGCUAGAAAGAAAUGUAUAUUUUACAGGUCGCACAAAAGAGCUUGAAAAUUUAGUAGAAAGAUUUUUCAGUGUUUCCGACAAUAUGCCAGAGUCUCGUGGAUCAAUAGGAAGAAAAGCUAACGUUCAUGGUAUAUGCGGACUUGGAGGAUGCGGCAAGUCAUCUCUUGCCUUCGAGUAUGCUUGGCGCAACCUGGAACGUUACCCUGGAGGUGUAUAUGUGGUGAAUGGAGAGAGUGACAAUUCGAUGAGGGCGUCUUUUGAAAAGCUUUUUGUCUUAUUUGUAAAUAACGUGCAGUCUAAUCAUAUUGAUGAAUCCAAACAGUUUGAUCAGUUAAUGACUGUAUUUCUUUCGUGGCUUGGUAAUGUGAAAGAUAGGUGGUUAUUAAUUGUAGACAACAUGGAUCAACAGGAACUUAGCCACUGCGCAUGGACUCUAUUUCUUGGCCAGUGGAAAACCAAUUCGUCAGGAGACAUUCUCGUUACUUCUCGUAGAAAUGUCAGGUCAUUAUGCGAGGACCUUCACCUUCCGUCUGAGAGAUGUUUUGAAUUGAAUCCAUUUGCUUUGGGUGAAUCCGUUGAAUUCCUUAAGACGCGCACAGGUUUGGCAUUUUGUCGUGAAGAUCAGGACAAAGAAGGAAAAGAACUUGCCCUGGAGCUUGGUGGGCUACCUUUGGCUUUAGAGCAAGCAGCCGCGCACAUUAAGGCGUUGAAAUGUCCCAUUAAGUCGUAUCUUCAACAAUAUCGUUCUCAAAAGUGGACACUUUUAAACACAAAAAGUGCAAAACCGCUUACAGAAAUUUACAACAAGGAACGCCUAGCAGUUAAAACCACGUGGCUUCUCAAUUUCUCGUCAAUCGAAAGUAACGAGGAAGAUAAAGAUCUUGGAAAAGCAGCUGGUUUUUUCAUGAAAAUAGCAGCAUAUUUAUGCCCAGAUAGGAUUCCCCUUGAGUUAUUAAACACCGGUUCUCCAGAGAUUGAACACGAAUAUCUAAAAAAGCGUUUGAAAAUGCCUGUCGGUAACAAGCAAAUCGUUGACUUGCUUGUUCGGUUCUCUCUCUUUAAACAGAAUUUGGAUGGUACUUUAAGUAUCCAUCGCCUUGUUCAAGAGACCUUGAGAGAUUGCUGUGAUAAUGAAGGUGGAACUCACAUGGUCUUAUCUUCUGCUACAAGGAUUCUGCACAGAGCAUUCCUUGAUUGCAAAAGUGGGCCAUAUUACCCCAACGUACACACUCAGAAUUGGCAAGAUCUAGCCCGCAAAAUCCAAAAUGGCGUCAGGGGGAUUCCAUUUUCCAGUUUUUUCACGGAUGAUUUGAUGCAGUGUGAAGGGAAACGGUGGAAGAACCUUUCCUUAAAUGCUUUUUCUCUCUGCUGGUACCUCUUAGAGGAUUCUUGCUUGAAACCUCCUUUCCUUUGUGAGGAAUCUUCGAGGUUGUUUUGUGAGGCAGCUUUCUAUUGCUAUUCUCUGGGAAUGGAAAGUUUGGGUGACAGAUUGCAGCAGUUAGCACUGGAAGUACUUUGUGCCGUUGAAGACCCAGUUAGUUAUGAUAGAGAUGACUUGAUGAAGCUAACAAGAAUACCCGUUCCUUUUGUCGAUUCUUUAAUCCUUUCAGCGAGCUUAGGAUAUUGUCCUCUUACCAAAGAAUUGUGUAACAAAACAUUCGAUCUUCAUUUUGUGGAAACACCAAACGAGAAAUUCGGGGGAGCGGUCAAAGCCUUUAUGUCAGAGGCAAAAGAUGCCUUUAGCAGGGGUGACUUUCACGCAUCCGCGGAUCUGUACACUGAAAUUGUUCAAAUGUCAGGUUUUGGUGAUAAUAUUCGUGGAAACUUUGAUCGAAUUAGGCCACACUUAGUUCCUCUUGGUGAGAUACUUUGCAGCCGUGGCAUUGCGCAUAUGAAGAUGGGGAACUGUGACAUAGCAGUUAACGACUUCAACGCGGCUACAAGUGUAGAUAUCCAGCACUAUCGUGCAUACUACUGGAAAACGUAUGCACUGUGUAAACUUGUACAAAGUGGUAGAACUGAGCUCACGAGCAGAGCUCAAGCUGCAAUGGCAAUACUUCAUUUGAUGUUUGCAAACUCCAAAUCAGGAGACAUUAAAAAGCUACAAACCAAAUUUCCUGAAUUGCUUGUUGGAGCGAAGUACACGUUUGUGUCUCAAGUAAGCCAACUUAAGAAACUGGAAACUCUUUCUGCGGUCAGGAAUUCUUUCUUUGUUAUCAUUUUAGCAGGUGGUUGCUAUGAUUUGAAGAAGCUUGUCGUAUGUGGAGGUCGGUAUUGUUUUGUUGGUCUUCCUGGUACUUCAGUAUUGCUAAAUUGUAUCAAUGGGGUUUGUUUGUCUCAGGGGUCUUUUCUGUUUGAAAACAUUGAAUUCAUUACGAAUCAUUUAUGUGACUCCGAGAAACUGGAAUCACUAACAUUAACAGGAAGACACAGAGCAAAUACGGCAGAGCUAUCAUCUGAAGCUGGAAAAACGCCUAUUCCUGCAAUAGAGGCUAACAACGUUAAGUCGUUAGUUAUUGCCCACUGUCAAAUCAAAGGACUACUGCGGUGCUCAGGAAUAGUGAUUAACAACACUCAGUGGUCUGAUGAGCAACGAAGUGUUGUAGUAAGAUCAUCCGAAGUCACCUCCUGUUCCGGACCAGGGUUGCAAAUUCAUGACAAUAAACCUUUCUGCCAUAUAAGUAUCCAGUGCAACAAUCUGUACGCUAAUUUAUAUGGCGUGGUUAUAGACUCUCCAUCGCAUUUCAGUUUAGAGAAAAAUUACAUUUCUGGUAACAACCUCUCUGGCGUUGUGGUCGUCGGAGCUUCUGAGGGAAAGCUAAAGGGAAAUACUUUGUUCGAUAAUGGAAAGCAUGGCAUUUUUCUAAACAAGACGAACGCGGUACUAGAGGAAAAUGUUUGUGUAAAGAAUCUUGGUUGGGGAAUUUUGUGUUGUGGUGAAAGCAAUUUAGAUUGCAAAGAGAAUGUGCUUGAAGAUAAUCUUUUGGGGGGCAUUAGGACCUUGUUAAACGGUAAAGGAAAAGUGUCGAUUCAAAGGUGCGUGUUCAGAGGAAAUAAAGGUCCGGCUGUUUUUCCUGCAGCUGCAAAUGAACUUUCACGACUGGAGCUUGAUUGGAAACAAUCAAUUUUGAAUUCACGGAAGAAUGAGCUAUUGUACUUGUGGUUUUUUCUUGAAGGUACCCUGCCAAAUUGUGGAUCUAUCGGGGAAUUCAACUCUCCGGUGCAAAUGGAGAAUAAAGUGUCAGAUGUUUCUGACGUACAGUUUCAUAUUGUAUCAAAUUUCUGCUCCUCAUGCUCCAAGACCUUGCAAGAGGAUAGUGAAAUGGUCGAGUGUUACAGAUGCCGCAUUGCUCGGUACUGUAGUAAGAAGUGUUGUGAAUCAGCAAAAGCUGUUCAUUAUCCUGUCUGUGAGGCCAUUCUGGAAGCAAACAAGUAUAUGAACAGUGUUAAAGAAUUCUGUAGUUUAAGUAGCACAUCACUUCACGUACAAGACAACGAUCAAACUGGCUCGGACGUUUUUCUCUGUGUCAUUGCUUCUUUAGCUUUAGCACCAGGCUUAGGGCCGCGAAAUAACUACGAAGACCCAAACACUUCCUUUGAGCUAACUCUAGUAGCAUGUCCUCAACGGAACCUUUGGACUUGGAUUGGCUGCCCUUUCAUCCGCCGCUUUGUAUUAACGCAUGGCAUUCAUAUCCCAGACCGUGUAGCAGAUGUUAAGGCAGCUUGUGCGCUAGCUAGCUUUGGUCAUGAAUCCGAAAUCACAGUUUACACUCAUCGUAUUUUUCCCUUGGAGAAAGUUCCAAAUGCUUUGAAUUUGGUGGAUGAAACCUUA